UAUUGCGGACGAGACUGUCAAGUCCAACAUUGGGGGGAGCACAAGAAGUAUUGCAAGUCACCUUUGAUGAAAGCAGGAUGGAAGCCAGAAUGGGCUACUACAGGCCGAACGCCAGAAUUUGUUGGCGAUAGUGGUCCGUCACAGGUCGUUUUUGGAGGGAAUAAAUACUUAUGGGGCAACGUUCCGGCCAUCGACGUUUUACAGCUCGCCAAAAAUGAAGGUAGCACUUAUGAUCAAGAUGUGCACUUAUUGUUUGCCGCAUCCGGAGAUUUGCGAAACGUGGUCAAGACAGUAGCCUCCAUCCCAGAGGCCUUCCAAAAGUCUGUCUCGAUUGUCUUAAACGAUAGAGAUCCCGAAAUCGUCAUUCGGAAUGCCGUCCUACUUCUUGUCUCUCUGACUGCCGAAGAGACCAAAGAGGCAGUGGAUUGCAUGAUCCAUAUAUUGUAUUCGGCAUUUAUUCAGGAAAACCAUCUGAGCAUUCUACAAGGUAGAAUCCGUGUCUUAGUUGCCGACGUUGUUCAGAAGAUUGUAGACAAACCUGUCAAGUCUUUGCAAGCAAAAGCUUGGAGCUUUGGAUCGCGCAAUCUCCGUUUAGUUCUCACCAAGGAAAUAUGGUGCCAACUUCUCGAGCGCUUGAACGUUCCUAUAAGCCUGACCUCUCAGAAAGCACAUGAUGUUCGCACGGCAAUUACGCUGGCACCUUCACGCAAGGACUACAGAGAGCGGCGGUACAUGUGUCUUUUGCCAGCGCACCGCUUGAGUCAAGAACGUUAUCGCACGGAUGGCCUUCUUUUACCGUUUGGUGCUUCUCGCGCACAAUUCGUUAUUCCUAAUCCGACCUUAUUUGAGAGCAAUCAGAGUUGGCCACUCAAGGAUUCUUCAGAUCCACUUGAAGGAUGGAACAUCUUCGACAUUCUCAACAAAACCCCCAGGGCUGCGCCUUCUGAUGUCUAUGGAAAGCUCUACUUUUACCUCCAACAUGCCUUCAAAGCAUUCAUAGAGAAGUCAAUCAGUCUAAGUGCCAGCUUCCAGCUGUUCAAUGUCGAUGCCGAAGAUCUCUCAAAGCAUCUUGAAAGAGGAACAUUUUCCAGGAUAGAGGUGUCAAACAUAUGUGAUGCUGGAUACUUGGGCUGUGCCAGAACACUGUUCUUCAUGGGACCUCUUUUGCAAAAGCAGAGCACGAACCCUCAUGCCACAUUAAUUAUGCUUUUUAUGAAUGCUAUCGAGGAGAAUCUCACUCCUGCAGAUCAAGCAGCAGCUUUUCGACGCUCUAUGCCACAGGUUGUCAAAUAUUUGCCUCGUCCAGUCUCCAGAACAAACCCAUACGAUCCCUGCUAUCUUAAAUAUAUGCUAGCUGCAGACCUAUUUCGCGAUAAUGAUGGAUUAUUUAACAAAUAUAUGACUACAUGGGGAUUCGAAGAAUGCGGCGAACUUGCUAACAUGGCGAUGAAAAAGAAUACGGUUGUUGAAAAAUGGCCUAUGAGACUCAAGAAAAAAGCAGGACAGCCUGGUGCCCAGGAGGAAUUCGACUUGCUGUUUGGGUCAGGACAUGGGAACGAGCGAUAUGUGGAAUGGCAGACGGUCGAGUAG